UUAAUUUUUGGAAAAAAGAAAAAGGGAACCGAAGAAGAAAAAGAUAAGGGACCCCGGGACCCUACCUACUCUCUGAGAGUCUUCAGAGAAAAAACUGACCUCUUCAGGCGCACACAAUCAAACCAAACAUAAUACCCAUAAGAACUUCCCUAAUUUCUUCUCUUCUAAUCAUUCAAACCAUCUUUUCCUCUUCAAUCUUCUGGGAUUCUUUUUCUAUUGCAGGUUAUACAUAAAUAUACGUUUAUGUAAGCCUUAUACGAAAGUGUUCUUUACUGGAUCGAGGUAUUGCUGUUUCUUCUUGUAACUAGCCGAUCGCUUGGCUUGGUGUUUCUGAUACAUGUGCAAAACACAGGCCAUGCUCUUGUCCAUCUUAUAGAAAUUAGACCAGUCAUGCCUUUCAACAGUUAUAGCACUAGAAGGUUUCAACUGAAAAUAUCUGACAUGGAUGAGAUUCAGUUGAUUACCAACUGGGAAGAUGUGAUUUGUCCCAUAUGUUUGGAUUUUCCUCACAAUGGUGUACUUCUUCAUUGCUCAUCUUAUGAGAAGGGAUGCCGUCCUUUUGUUUGUGACACAAACCACUUGCACUCAAAUUGUUUAGAUCGUUUUAAAAGUGCAUAUGGGAUGUCACCUUCGUCCACAAUUGAUACAGUUAACGAGGAAAACACUGAGCCUUUGGUUUCAGAGGAAAACUCCAAAUCAAGCUGUCCCUUGUGUAGGGGUGAUGUUACUGGUUGGAUGGUCGUUGAUGAGGUCCGUUCAUAUCUGGAUGAGAAAAAGCGUUGCUGUGAUGAGGAACGGUGUACUUUUACAGGCACGUACUCAGAACUCCAGAAACAUGCUCAAAAGGAGCACCCUCAUGCUCGACCGUCAAAAAUUGAUCCUGCAAGGCAGCUUGACUGGGAAAACUUCCAGCAGUCCUCUGAGAUUAUUGAUGUUUUGAGCACCAUUCAUUCAGAAGUCCCACGGGGUGUGGUUCUAGGAGACUAUGUGAUAGAAUAUGGUGAUGAUGAAACUGGAGAUGAGUUCGAGGACUUCCCCGGGAAUAAAGGUAACUGGUGGACCUCCUGUAUCUUGUAUCAGGUGUUUGAUAAGUUCAGGAAUUCCAGAAAUAAAAGAAGGUCAAGAGUUAGUGAUGCAAGAAGAGGUAGUCGCAGAUCAAGUUAUGAUACUUCAAAUUCCGACGAGGGUUCUGUGGCAUCUGUAGAAUUUGCAGAGUACAGGGUAGACGAAACUGACGACGAGUUUGUAAGCUCAAAUGCCCCCUCGAGGAGUGGCUCCACUCACCGAAGGUUUUCUCGAAGACAUCGUUCCCGCUUCUACGACAAUUAGUGUUUGAAAUUUGAAUAGAAGCGAAAGCAUGGGGGAAUGAUAGAAGAUGCAAAUGGAAGUAAAAAAACACUGGAUUUGUUGCUAUGGUUUCCUCAUAUGACAUAUAAAAAGCUGCAUCUGGAUCAUGACUUGUUAAGUUUUAGUACAAUGUCUUAUGUCUAUCCCCAUGGAUUUGGAACUUUCAAUGACAAUCCCAUAGUUUGUUAUUUUCUUUUAUUUUCCGCUUAGUAAAUUUUGGUAUUGUUCAUGGCUGCUGACAUCCAUUCUCUCAUCGAUACUUGAUUAAUCGUUCUUAAUCCAUCGGUGAUAAUGGAUGAUUAUGCUGGGUCCUAAUCUGUUUGUGAUAAUGUGAUCGAACUCCAUGGAUGUAUAGAAAUCAGUUUUAGGCUUUUUUCAUUA